AUGGUAAAAGAAAAUUCAAGUUUUAACAUUAAAAAUACCCCUGUCAAUUAUAUUCAAGUUGAAGAAAUGUUACAAGUGCCUGAAAAUUUUCGUCGUUAUGUCAAACGAGAAUGCUGUGAUGUUUGUGAAACUCCCAUCAGACAACUGAAACAGGAAGCUGUCGCUAUGAUCCAAUCCAUCCAACAAGCCCAGAGUGCCUCAUCUCAUCCUGCUAAUAUUUCUGCUUUAGUUGGUUCUUAUAAUAUUAGUGCUCACCACCAUUCUAAAAGAUCUAGAUCCAGUAGUAGAAGUACUCCAAUUAAGACUUCACUUCAACCACCUGGUGUUACCCUUCAAACAAAAUCACAAGCUUACAUAGGACAGAAUGCACGAAGCAGGGUAAAACAUUUAAAACAUAAUCAGGCUAUGGAUAAAUAUGAUCAAUAUUAG